AUAUAAUCCGUACUAUCCGGGACCCGGAGAAACCCAAUACUUUAGAAGAACUGGAAGUGGUGACGGAAAGCUGUGUUGAAGUGCAGGAGAUAGGGGAAGAUGAGUAUCUGGUCGUCAUCAGGUUUACACCAACAGUACCUCAUUGCUCUCUGGCUACUCUCAUUGGCCUUUGUUUAAGAAUCAAGCUUCAGAGAUGUUUGCCUUUUAGACAUAAGCUGGAGAUCUACAUCUCUGAGGGUACGCAUUCCACCGAAGAGGACAUCAACAAGCAAAUCAACGACAAAGAGAGAGUAGCAGCUGCGAUGGAGAAUCCCAACCUGCGUGAAAUUGUGGAGCAGUGCGUUACAGAGCCGGACUAG